GCACUUACAAUACCUACUUUAUAGACGUUAUAAAAACUCGAUCUCUCCCAACUAAAACUACUGCCAUUACUGACUCGCUGUCAUCAUUAAUCGUAUCCUUUGUGUAAUCGUGUGAUCUCUGACCAAUAUUUCUGGUCCCCGACCCUGGAGAGCUUCUGCAAUCUCUACUCAUCAUGUCUGCCAAAAUCACGACCCCAUUUGGUCAGGCUGUUCCACCAGCCCCUCGCCAUGCAGUCACUGUGCAUAUGGGACCGGAAUGGGCCAACGCCGUGAAAUUCGGAGCUGAUUCAGCGUCGGUCGUUGCCAAAUUCAAGAAUACCUACCCCCGCACAAGACCGCAUCGCGAUAUUGCUCAGCUUUCGGAAGCCGCACUCAAACAUAUCGAUUCGACAAACAGCGCCUGUCUCCUGUUCCCCUCGCUACAGUCCGCCAAACAAUGCGUCGGAUAUGCUACCUCGAGAAAGCGCGACGAUGGAACCGACAAGAAGCCUCUUAACCCCGAAGAGCUUACAAUCCGUGCUUUCGUCGCCAAAGAUCCUUUCCUAGCUGUUAUUUUCCCAGCAGAAAAGUAUCGCACCGUGGCCGGGUUUUGGAGCACCGUUGGCGUCGGUAUCACCUCUCGGUUUGCCGAGGCCAACCUGGCUCAUUUGGACAAGCUCAGAGAGGUCUCUCUUGAACAAGCCGAGACAGACAGAACCAUUUUUGAGAGUCCAGGGCACGAGACUUUGCGACAAAGAAUUUUGGCCCUCAUCAACCGAGCGCCGUUACAUCCCGACCAACCUUUAAAGGUGGCUGCCAACGACAUUUACCUGUAUCAGUCUGGUAUGGCCUCUAUCUACAAACCCCACACGUACAUGCUCGACCAUUACCAAGGUGCAUCUGUUCUCUUUGGUAUGGCUUUUAUGGAUACUAUUGUCACACUAGAGCAAUUCGGCACCGAAAGCAAGUUCUUCGGUUCGGCUUCGGACGAGGACAUCCGCGAGCUGGAAGCCUACCUUCGAGAUGCUCGGGUCACGGGCCGAAAGGUACAAGCCAUCUGGGUAGAGUUCCCGGCCAACCCGUUGCUCAAAUGUCCAGAUAUCGCUCAGCUUCGAAGGCUAGCGACCGAGUACGACGUCGUCCUCGGGAUUGACGACACGAUCGGAAGUUGGGCAAAUAUUGACGUGAUCGAAAUGGCUGAUAUCCUGGUUACAUCCAUCACCAAGUCCUUCAAUGGAUACGCCGAUGCAAUUGGAGGAACGGCUAUUCUCAAUCCAACAUCCCCCAAAUACAACGAGCUCAAACCCCUCUUCGACGCUCGGUACGUGCCAGAGGUUCAUACCGACGACGCAGAGACCAUCGAGCGAAACAGUCGCGACUACCUUGCUCGCUCAGCAAAGUUAAACAGCAACGCCAGCGCUGUGGUAGAGUAUCUACAUUCUCGAGCACAAGAUCCAAACAGUUCUGUCAGUCGAGUAUACUACCCUUCUGUCAAUCCGUCCGCAGACAACUACAGACGCUUCAUGCGCCCUGAGAUGCCGGACUUCGCCCCUGGAUACGGCUGUGUCUUCAGUGUCGAGUUAAAUGACCUGGAAACAGCAAGGGUCUUCUACGAUAACCUCAAUGUACACAAGAGUGUACAUCUAGGUGCCCCUUUCACCUUGGCGUUCGCUUAUACGUUGUGUGCUUACCAGAAGAGACUAGACUGGGCUGCUCAAUUUGGUCUUAAGCCAACGCAGAUUCGAAUAUCAGUUGGGCUAGAGGAUACAGGCACACUGGUUGAGGAUUUUCGGGUUGCAGUCGAAGCGGCUGAUAAAGCGAAAAACACGGCUUCAGAAUAGACAUGAGACCUCUGUACUCUUGGGCUCGACCUUGAGAGACCUCUGUACUCUUGGGCUCGACCUUGACAAUCAUCAGCUGAUAUUGUUGGUCUAGACUAAGACGCUGUUCGUUUCUAUACGCUUGAUUGUAAUUAUUGUGUAUAGAUGAUAGAAUUACCUUAAAUCGCACACCAUAGAGUCAAGAUCGAAUGAAGCAUUCUCCAUCAAGAUAACAGAUCUUGGCUGUGGAAACCUACUACAGAAUGAGAGGAGC